GCCUCCAGUCGUCGUUUAGUUGACUUGGAGACACGCUACGCGGACCCGCAUUCUUGCAGUUUAUGCGCCUCAAGCAAUGCCUCUGACUCUGGCCCACCCUAUUCCAAUGGCGCUUCGACUGGUACAUCCUAUUCAAAUUCAUCUCAUUUGGGUGAUAGUCCACAAUCUGUGACCGGGUCGCUGGUUAGAGCGCACGCUUCCGGUCAACCUAUUCAAUCCACCGCUGAUCCUCCAGGGAGUAUUCCGGUUCCUUUUAGUUCCACAGCGCGACGCAUGUCACGUUGGGCCGCAUCCCCAUCGUGUCACUCACUGGGCACAUUUCGACAACCUCGUACUAGCUUCACAACCCACACAGUCACAGGUACAACUAGUACCACUACAUCACUGCAAAGACGCAAAAAGAGUUGGACCAGUCGACGCUCUGUCAGCGGUUCACCAUCACCUCCUCAACUUCCAGUCCUAUCAACACCUUCUGUAGGUGGUGCAGUUGCUGACGCGCCGGAAUUUCCCGGCACCAAACAGUCCGUUUUCCUCGAUAUUAAAACUUCGGAGGUGAAUAUGUCAACUUCUUCCUCGUCUUCUUCCGCCCUGAACGAAGGUGGUACCAAAAGCAGUCAGGAAAGCGAAUCGCAUUCAUUUGAACACGCUCGGGGCUUGGUGGAACCGGACGAGCAUUCGGCAUCAAGCAUCUGUUCCAUGAAGGAUAUACAGGCCCGUCUCUUGGAACUGUUUCCCGCGAACACGUAUUCCGGUACUACAACAGCUUCUUGUAGUCACAUGGUCAUCGCAUUUCGCUAUUUGCUUCCUCAGUUACUCCAGUUACCCAUGUUACAGUUGUUAUAUCUCCUCGAAAUUAUUGAAGUGAGUUGCCAUCGUGAUUGGUAA